AUCAAUAAUAUAAUCUUACUUGGUUUAAUCGAAAUUCUAGAGAGAGACUUAGAGAGAGAUGGGCAGAGUGAGAAAUGAAUUUAAUAGUGGCGGAUACGUGUAUCCGCCUCUCACCUCUCAUUCUUCUGUUGGGAGUGUUCCAUUUUGGCGGAUACCCUGAAUCAAUCAUCAUCAAAUCAAAACCCUAACAAGCAAGUAUAUAUUAUCCACAAUACAUACUACAGUCACUCUGAUUUGGAACAUAUAUAUAUAUAUAUACUAAAAUCAAACUUGAAUUCCACACACACAAACACAAACACAAUCACAUGCCAAUUUCCCAACCCAUUAAAAUAUUCAUACAACUCAGAAACAGAGACCAAAACGAACAAGUAGUUCAACAUCAUCUCAUAAUUAAAUUAACCGAUAAAUCAUCCGUGGAUAAGCAUUACCCUCCGCCCAAACAUUAUCACUUCUCACUUUGCUUCAACUUGUCAUAUACGUAUACAUAUAUAUAUAUAUAUAUAGAGAUAUAUAUACAACACUGGCAAUACAUACUAGAAAGCAAAAGAAAAGUAUAUAUGAUAUAUCUAUGGAAAAAGUGAUCAGUGAAAACAAUUGGGUAAGAGGCUCUUGCAUAGGCAGAGGAGCCUAUGGAACAGUCUACCUGGGAAUCGACGUCUCAAGCGGCGCCGUUUUCGCCGUCAAGUCUGUGGACUUAGCUUCCUCCUCUGGCGGCGGCUCUCCGGCGGCGGAGGCCGCCUUAGAGGACGAAAUUAGAAUUCUUAAAUCUCUCUCCUCGCCUUUCAUUGUCAAGUACCUUGGAGACGAUACGUCGUCGUUUAGGAGGAACUUGCACAUGGAGUACAUGCCAGCUGGCACCGCCGCUGACGUGGCAGCAGCAGCAAAAUCCACCACCGGAUUCUUAGAUGAGGCAGCCGUUGCCAGCUACACGUGGUGCUUAGUCUCCGCCCUAGGCUACCUUCACUCCAGAGGCAUUGUGCAUUGCGACGUCAAGGGCAAAAACGUCCUCUUAGGCCAUUCCCCAGGCUCCGCCAAGCUCGCCGAUUUCGGAUCGGCGGUGGAGAUCUCGUCGCCGACGGCGGCGGCGGCCGCUAUCUCGAUACGCGGCAGUCCGCUGUGGAUGGCGCCGGAGGUGAUACGCGGCGAGCGUCAGGGGACGGAGUCCGACGUGUGGUCGCUGGGGUGCACCGUGAUCGAGAUGGUGACGGGAAAACCGGCGUGGGGAGACGGCGGUGCUCACUCGGUUUGCAGAAUCGGCUACUCGGACGAGUUGCCUCGGUUUCCGGCGGAGCUCUCGCGCUUAGGGCAUGACUUUUUGGACAAGUGUUUGAGGCGGGAUUACACGGAAAGGUGGAGCUGCGAUCAGCUGCUGCACCACCCAUUCGUUACGGUGAACACGCAGAAAUACUCAAUCGAUUACUCAUCGCCGCGUUGCGUGCUGGAGGACUGGUUCGGUUCAGAUUUCCAGGAUGAAGAAGAAGAAGAAGAAGAAGAAGAGGUUCAGAAUUUGGGGGCGAGUGAGAGAUUGAGGGAAUUAGUUUCGGAUUCAGGGGCAAAUUGGGAAUAUUCUGACGGUUGGAUAACGGUGAGGUGUCAGUCGGAAGACGGAGAAGGGACUUUUUCGGAAUAUUCCGCUCCAAUUAGGCGGACAAAUUCAAAUUCAAGUUUUGUUCUGUUAUUUGAAGAGCAAAUUUACAGCCAUCCAAACGACGUCGUAUUAGCCCAUCAAUGUUACGAGCCUCAAUGUUUUAAUUGUGAUAGGAAAGUUGUUAGUGUAGCUCUUCCAUCUCCACAAAUAAAAAGAAUUUACAAGUGUAGCAAUUUCAUAUUUUUAUGUGAUUUGUACACGUGUCCUUGUUUUAUAAGUUCCAUAUUCAGUCAAUUUGGCCUUGUAGGAAAAAAUAUGACAUUCACCGGUAUUAAAAAAAUACAAACAAAACGACGUCGUGUUGUAUAA